AUGCUGAUUAAUGUCAAUAGUCCGUCGAGGAAGCAGUUCACACUGCUACUAAGAAAUAUCAGCUAUAGAUAUUAUGCUUGCAGUAACGUUAAACAUUACUCUGGUGAUAGUGCCGACUUCACGGUGCCUGCUGGGAUCCCUGGUUCAGGAGCAGGCAAGGGUGGUGGUGCUGGAGGUGCAGUCAGGGAAUCCGGCGGUGGACUAGGCAAGUAUGGAGCAGCUCAGGAAGAAGGCUACUUCCACCAACAACAGAGAGAACAAAUUGAAAAGCUGAAGGAGAAACUGAAACGAGGAGAAGGCAUAGGCUUUGUUGAGAAACCGCCUAAACCCACGUGA